AUGCUUCCUUGCUCGACUUGCACGUGGUUCUUAUCAGUUAAAACAACACAGACCAACUGCUGUUGGUUCAGUAUAUCUUCGGCUAAAAUAUUGAAUAAUUUAUUUUUUGUUUCAGAAUACAAUUGGGAAGCCAACAACAGCACUAACUAUCUUAUAUCUCCUGCGUUUGAUGACCUCUAUUCAAGAGAGAUCCAUGCAACGGCAGGCCAGACGCUGCUUCUCCCUUGUAGUGUUCGGAAUUUGGGAUCCAAAGUUGUCUCCUGGAUUAGAAGUAAAGACUUGCACAUCCUGACGUCUGGUAGACAUACAUUUUCCAGCGACAGUCGAUUCGAGUCUGUGCACACGGACAGCUCGGGGGAUUUUUGGGGCUUAAGGAUCCGCGGGGCGCAUGUUGCUGAUACGGGACAAUACGAGUGCCAAGUUAACACUGAACCCAAGAUGAGUUUGGCGAUCAGUCUUACUGUGUCACAAGUUUCAGGUGAUAAAAACUCGCUGGAAGACGAAUCUUCGAGCUCGAAGUGGGUGAGUCAGGCCCUAAUAAAAGGUCCGAGUAUAGUUUACGUCCCAAAUGGGUCCCCGGUGGCGUUCGCGUGUGAAAUAUCACCCCUAUCUCUACAAUCGGGUGUUCACCGACUGUUUUUCUCCACAAACACAAAACCUUCGGUUCGGUGGCUGCACAACGGCGAGGAACUUUCUGUUGAUUUCACAAAGGAUAAUAUUACAGUCGAGACUGAAUACAAGGAUAAAGAUCAAAGAAUAUUCAGCAGAAUCCGCCUCUCCUCAGUGUCAUCGGAAGAUGGCGGACAAUAUACUUGCAUGCAGCCGUCAGUGAAACCAGAUAGUGUUAAGCUGAUUGUGGUUGAAGCUGAACAUUCCGAAGCUAUGCAACGAGAUUCGCCCCUAACCUCAUCUGGAGGAUACCACUGCCAACAUACUUCAGAAUUAUUAUUUAUUUUAAUAUUAUGUUGCCUAUAUCAAUUGUAA